AUGGAUAAUCCAAGGACACACACUAGGACUCGCCAUUCUUCAUCGACUGCAACACCGAAAUCUACUGUGCCACCACCGGUAUCGCUAACAUCAACAUCAAGUUCACUACUAAAUACUUCGUCGAAUUCUGCGGGCUCCGUGACAUCAGGAGAUAGCGACAAAGGGGUUGAUGCUGGUAUUGAGUUGAAGGAGGAACCAUCAUCGAUUAUUACAGCCGGUACUAGGGACUCUGAUAUAGACCGACAGCAGUUUGAAAUGGCUAUGAGAACACAUGAGGAUAUGUAUGGCAGUGAAGAUAUUGGUAACCAUGAUCAUAGCAACUCCUCCACGGACUUGCCAGAUACAGAGAUGAGUUGUGGGGAUGAAGACAUAAACAUGCUUGAUAAGCCACAACAACGACAGGGUAUAACCAAGAAAUUCAAAUCUAACCAAGAUAAUGAAACUGAAAAUACUGAUGGUUUAGGAUUCCCCAACUCGGUUAGUAAUCAAGACAGAAAUAACCUCAAUGAGGAUGUUGAUAUGAAGGAUUAUAUGAGCACAGCAGUACCUUCACAGCAGCUAAAUUCUGUAACGCCUCUCUCAAAAUUAGUUGACCAAGAGGUGCAACAAUCCCAAGAACAACAUAACAACAAAAAUAUAUUCAAACCAUUUGAUAUGAAAACAGGACAAUUUUUAAGAGUCGACUCUAAUAGUAAUGAGCAAGAAAGUACUACCAGUGCUAAUAACAGAUCUAAUGAAAGUCACCAAGGGAGCAUCACAAAAGAAAAUAACAUCUCUCCUGAUGACCUUUCGCAUACCGAAAGGACUGAUACUACUGAUAAGCAUAAUAAAAACAGUGCUUUACAACUUAACGAGGAUAAUGUCAACUCGAAACCAACUAAUGAUACCCCUGUGGUUCUCACGGACUUCAUGAACCACCACAAUAGUCAUAAAGUAAGGUCACAUUCUGUACCUACCAUCUUACAUUCAUCAUUAAGGAGGAUGACCACAACUAACAUACCUGUGGUCAACAAGGACAUCUACCCCUUCAAAACAAAUGCAGCUUAUCAUCAGCCAUCUACCAAGGCAACUAACUUUUCCAAAGGUGGCAUUAUAAUAAGUAAGGAUUCUGCGGGAGAAGGGGUUUAUCAAAAAAAUAUGGACGAGAGGGGAUUGAAAGCAGACAAUAUGACAUCUUCAUCCAUGGUGGCUUUAAGGAAGGCUAUGAUUUUAAGUCAGCAAUUCCACAACGAAACAUCAAAAAGAAAUAUUACUGAAAAUGAGAUGUUACUGCCGACAACAUCUCUUGACGAACGAAUUGAAUAUUUGAAGAGGACAAGAGAUGUUAUACCCCUUCCACCAAUAAAUUUACAAGGUCUGAAAGAGAUUGACUUGCAUGAGAUUAUGAAGAACCCCCAGCUAAGGCAUGAUAUAAUUUUUGAUCCACUAUUGCAAUUCAGGCCCAAUUUAGAUGGUGAAAGAGGUGUGAAAAAGAGACAACUGGCAGCGAAGUACUGGAGCGAUGUUGAAAAUGAGAUAAUAGUGUACAAAGAGAGACCAGAAUUAUUCGAAUAUGGCAAGACUCGUUUGGUCCCUCUAUUCGAUACUCUAAAGGAAGUAUUACUUACAAUAGUCCCACAAAAAGAGGCUACAACAAUAAAUAAUGUACUUGACACAGAGCUUAACAUGCAGGAACUUUUAAAGGGGUCUCUAGUUAUGACAAAUCUUUCGGAAUGGCUGGCAGAGCUAUUCAAAAGGCAUUGUGCCCCUAUGAGGGACGCCUGGGUUGAUAAAAUGAGUGCUACCUUCAAAGAAGCAGAAACAGAAAACUCAUUAUCAAAAUUGAUUGAUGGUCUACGUAUUGUUUUUCAGAUUCUUGAAACUAUGAAAUUAGAUAUAGCAAAUCAUCAAAUUAGAAUAUUGCGACCUGCACUUUUAAGUAAUGCAGUUGAAUUUGAAAAACAAUACUUCAAUACUCUUAUGAACUCUAAACGGAUCGAUUUGGUGGGGUCACUGAAAUGGUUCUCUCAGAAAUUUGAUUCAUAUGUCAAGAAUAAUGAAUUUAACGAGAAUAACAUUCAAAUUCCAGAUGUAUACCGGAUAUGCAUUAAAAGUAUCAUAAGCUUGCUAUCAUGUAGAAAGAUGGUAAGGGAAUACCCUACCAGUCUUUCAUUUGACCAUGCAAGACUGAUUUUACUAAGGGCAGAUAUUCGUCAAAUUGUGUGCCUGCAAGUCUGUCGACUGUUGUUCCAACAGCUAGUCGCAAAUGACAAUUCAAUUGAUAAAAUGGCCAAAAGCUAUAUCAUCAAUAAAUAUAGCAACAAAUUACUGGUUAAUGACAUUGUGAGUAUCAUCACAGAUGAUCAUGGCAAUUGCAGAUGGACUAAGAACACGCUAUCUAUAGCGGUUCAUUUAUGUAAGGUGAUUUCAGAUUUAAAACUGGAAUAUACAAACAAUGCGAAAGGGCAAGGUUCAAUUGCCAAUACAAGAUCUGCAGCCUCUACCAAACUGGAUACUAAUAAGAUAAACUUUGCGAAGUCUUGGUUAGGGAAACAAACCCAACCCUUAAGUGAUGUUUAUGGAGUACUUGAAAAUCGGAUCUUCAAACUUUUAGAAGAUGGCAUAUACCGUAGAUCAUCCUGCACCUUAGAGGGAAGAGUAAAACAGGAUUUUGUCUACUUGUAUAAUGCUAAUCCAUCACAGAAUACAGAAGGUGAUACCUCAGCGAUGGAAAAUAGUGGUCAAACGUUGAACAUAGACUCUAAAGUCAAAGGUAUCAAAAACUCCUCUCUGUUUGCUUAUCCGCUAACCGAUGAGAUGAGAAGAAACAUGGCAACUUAUGCUGUGACUGAGAUGGAGGAAUUCGGAAAUGUGUUCCGUCAUCUAUAUACUGUAGUUAAUUUACACUGGUCUGUAUUUGGCAUGCAUUAUGCAGACUGUCUGGGUGACAAGAUAGCGAAGAAAGGUAUAUAA